AUGGCCGAUCCCGAGGGCCAAGCCGGGGCAACCCUCUCACGGUCCUUCGCGCCACGGGUGCGCCUCACCUGCGAAGCAUGUCGCCAGCGCAAAGUGAAAUGCGACAAGUUAAGCCCUUGUACAAGCUGCCAGCGACUUGGCCUCGUGUGUGUUCCUGUGGAACGUGCCCGUCUCCCGCGCGGUCGCACGCGAAAACCAGAGCGGAAUGUAGGCUCGGACAAGGAACUAUCUGAGCGGGUGGCGAGACUCGAGAAACUUCUGAAAAGAGUCGCGAAUGAGCGAGGUGACAAAUUAAAUGUUGCUUCGACUGUUCCUGUGCCCGCUUAUCCAUACACCCAGCCGGAGUCGGCGGCAGAGGUCAGCAAGGAUGGUCCUGAUACUCGACAGGAUCAGAAUGACUACUUGCCCGGUACAGCCCAACCACACCUCCCUCGCCCUUCAACGGCGUAUGUUGGGGGCCCGUUCUGGGAGGAUAUUAUGCAGCAGACCCAAGAAUUGCGCAGCGUCCUGGAAGGUCGUCUAGAAAAUGAAGAUCACGAUAUCAAAGAUUCAGCAUCUGGGUUUGGCACCUCACUUGUGAGCUCAGAAAGCCCUGGCAGCUUAUCGAACUCGCCCCAGGCCAACAAGCGAUUAAAUCUUCAACCCCAAAUCCGGCAUAGGUUGUGUGACAUUUUCUUCCACAACGUCGAUCCUCUGUUCAAAAUUUUACAUCGACCGUCGCUGCAGGCAUUUAUUAAGGAUGGCAAGCCUUAUCUUGACUAUGAGCAGGAUCACCAGGCGCCAGCUACCCUUGCUUCGGCUAUUUAUCUUUCCGCUGUGUGUACUCUUGACGAAGUGGAAUGUCAGUCAAUAUUCAACACAAGCAAAAGGAUACUGGUCACAGAAUUCCAGAAAGAAACAGAAUCGGCGCUCACAAAGGCGGACUUUGUCACGACGAACGAUCUCACUGUUCUGCAAGCUUAUAUUAUAUCUCUGCUCGCUGCGCGAUCUCAAGACCAAAGUCGAAGGGUCUGGACCAUGUUGAGCAUGGCACUUCGAGUAGGCCAAGCAUUGUCUCUCCACAUCCCCCAACCGCCAUUCACCGUGCGCCCUUUUGAGCACGAGAUGCGCAAACGAGCAUGGCUAGGGAUCGGCCUUCUCGAUGUAGCAGCCUCCCUAGACAGGGCAUCCGAGCCGAUGAUGCAAUCCGCAUGGCUCGAUUACAACCCGCCAUCGAAUGUCAACGACGAGGACCUAUGGUUCGACAUGCCAGGGCCAAUCCCCGAACACACUGAAGGCACAUUUACCGAUAUGACGCACACCUUGAUUAUCGCAGCGUCAGCGUCCGUGACCCGAACUCUUGCAUUUUCGGACCUCACUGAGCCAGCCGUGAGUAUCAUGAGUUUGCGGCAGCAAGUCGUCCACGAUUUCCAAAAAAAGAUGUCAGACCUCCUGAGCGGCUGCAGGCCCGAUUUGUCGGAUUUCCAGUGGUACGCGCAGAAGACAGCGCAUGUUAUGGGCAGCUGGCUGCAACUAGCUUGUCUUCGGCCGCUGCAAAGAAGCUAUAAUUUUAUACCCCCGAAGAUCCAAGAGAACGCACUCCUCAAAAUCGCAGCUGAUAACCUGCAGUGGUCGCAGGAGGCAUACAACUACCCAGGCGCCAGGUCUUGGCGAUGGUACGUCUCAAUGUGGGUUCCAUGGCAUGCAUUGGCUGUGGCCCUUGCCGAACUCUGCGUCUGCAAAAAUUCCGCGGUGAUGUCAAAGUACUGGACUGUCGUUGACGACGUUUACCAGCGCUUGCGGCUUGUAAUCGCGGAUUCUCAGCAUGGAAUGCUCUGGAAGCCUUUGGAGAGGCUCAUGUCACAGGCGAAAACGCGGAGAAAUGAGCUCCUCGGUGUUGAUGCUCGCCAAACAGUGUCUCAAUACUAUUUCGAUGGCAUGUCUUCAGAGCUUUUCUCAAAACAACCUGAGCCUCAACAUGAUCUCACGAACUUUUCGCUCGAUUUAAAAGAGGCCGUCGAUGAACCGCGAGAUUCGCACAUGGUAGAAGUGCCGACUUCCUUUGCGCCGGUGCCCUGGCCCAAUGUGUGGGAUGCGGUGGAUUUUAGUGACCCGACCUUGCAAAGCAGCUCGGAUGAUACGGCUUGGUUGAGCUAUGAGAACUUCAUUGAAAAUGUGUACGAUAGCGCUGAUUCCAUUUUCUUGCCACGGUGA